UAGAUCGAUGUAUCGAUGCAUAGAAACGUUUGUUGGUAUAUUUUUGUAGUAGUUUGUGUAAUGCUGUUUAUUAAAAAUAAGGAAAUCCAUAACAGCAAAGACAUAGAAUGAAAUGCAAUGCCUCGGAUUCUAAUAUUCGCCGACGGAGAACUUUGUUUAGGUUACAAAUGGUUUAAACACAAACAUAAACCAAAAAGCCGCACUACAAGCCAUGGCACAUACUCAGCGAGUUCCAAUUUAUGGAACCAGACCACCAUGCGCUACACCUACUCGCUUGGAAGAGUGGCAUUCUCGUCUGCGGACGAUACGACUUGAAAGAGCACGUAAACCGGACAAGCCAGAGGAUUUCGUCGUGUAUGAAGGUUCAGAUGAGGAAGAUAACGCUGUUGCCGAGAAAGAAAUUCUUCGAACUUCGUACAAUUUUGUGGACUUUGUGAGAGGACGUGAGCUGGGUGGGAAUGACACCAGAUGUGUGCGUGCUGAAUAUGCUUCACGUCACAUACUUACACACGAAAUGUUUAAAGAAUACUCUGUAUCUCUUAAUAACAUGAACAAGGUGUUUUGUUCGCAGUGGCUGAGCGACAGACAAGUUGUCUUUGGCACGAAAUGCAACAAGUUGAUGGUCUAUGAUGUCGUUAAACGUCAGUUGGAUCAGAUUCCUUCCUUGCAAGGUGUUCGAAGUUCAGCAAACCAGCAGCAAGAUCAACAAUGUGGAAUCCAUGCUGUGCAGAUAAAUCCAUCAAGAACUUUGCUUGCAACGGGAGCCCACAGCUCAAGUGAAAUAGCCAUAUAUAAGCUGCCCACACUAGAUCCUGUUUGUGUGGGAGAGGGUGCGCAUCAAGACUGGGUGUUUGACAUGUGUUGGCUUGAUGAUCAGUUCCUUGUAUCUGGAUCACGAGACACUCGCAUGGCCUUGUGGAGAGUGCAGUUGGACGAACUUAUGGAUGGAGAAGAUGGGCCAUCUUAUAAACAUGUUCAUGCUUUGGCUACAAAGGAAUGCAGAUCAGCACAAAAAGUUAGGGCUGUAGCUUUCAACAAGAAUUUCCAGGAAAUUGCUGCCUUGUCUCUUAAUGGUUUCAUUCAUAUAUGGAAUGCUGAAACAUUUGAGCAGAAGUUUUCAAGAAAGCUGCCAUCAUGUCAAGAAAAUGUCUGUCUCGCAGUGCAAGAUACUGGAAUGUAUGCUGUUGGCUGUCGUUCCUACACUCUGCUUUUAGAUGCUCGAACUUUACAAGCUGUGAAAAAAAUAUCAACACGUUAUAGUGGCUGUGGUAUUCGAUCUGCAAGUUUUCAAGACAACAUUCUCACAAUAGGAACCGGUGUUGGUAUACUGAUGUUUUAUGAUUUAAGAGCAGGAAAAUAUUUGGAAUCCAACAUUAAUUCAAGCAGAACAGUCGUGCUGAAAGCGUCGAAAGGUUGGGUGUUUCCAGAUGAUGAGUACGUAGAUGGUUUUCAAAAUAUCAAGUACACUCCAGCAAUAUAUACCCAUUGCUAUGAUCCAUCAGGGACACGACUUUUCACAGCAGGUGGUCCAUUGCCAGCAAAUCUAGAUGGAAACUAUGCUGGAUUGUGGCAGUGAUGUUUGGCUAUUGUAGGUUAUUGUUCAUAAAUGAAACUUUGAAGGAAAUUAAUUGACAUAAGUGUACUGCAACAUGUGAAGAGUGUAAAGUGCACUUGCAUUGACUGUUCUCCGCAGUUCCUGAAAUAAAUAUGCAAGAAAUUGGCACUGAUAAACUGAAAUUUACCAAAGAUAAGUUUCAUUUAUUUUUGUGGAGAUACAAUCUGUGGAGCUAUAGAUAUCUGCAUGUGCAUCUUUUGUUCUUUUACUUCAGCUCAGAAUUUUUUAAUAUUUAUUUGUGUUGUAAAAGUAUUUCCUUUUAAUUUUGGAAUUCUGUUGUCGCAAUACUUUUGUAUUGAAAGAGUGUUGUUUUAUUUAUGGUGUAUCAUUUACAAUUUUGUUAUCUUAAAAUUGAAAUGUUUACUGUUUCAUAGACUGAUUAAUAAUGAAAGGAAAAGAGAGUUACAUUGUUGGGGGUCGUAUAGCUGAUCAUAAUGACACAAGAAGUAGUAAUGAUUUUUAGUCAAUAGUGGUUUCAGAAUAGCGACAACCAAAUUGACAAAUGAUAGUGUAUUGAAAAAGAGAACUUUAUCAUAGGUCUAUCUUCAUCUGCUAUUCUGCCAUGUUUUUAUUCUCAGAGAUGAAAUGUUUUCCCUUUUUUUUUUUUUUUUUAAUUCCGAUUUUGGCCGUCUAGGGACCGCGUUAAACAACUAUUUUUCAAUGUACAUUUCUCCUAUUGCGCUCCUCCUCUUUUCUCUUCUGCCAAUAUGUCUUCAUCCUCUCUCUGUGCUGCUCCCUUCGGUCUUCUGUCCACACUGUUCCUCCAGUUCUUCUCUUCUUCACUUCAAAUCCUUCAAAAUGUUGAAUUUUGUCUCUCAUUAAGUCUCUGUUGGUUAUAUCAUCUUCUCCUAUACCCAUCUCCUCUCAGUCUGCUUUGACUUCUUUGAACCAGGUAAUUUGGGUUCUGGGGUUCUUGUCAAAAAACAUGAACAUUUUCUUUGUCAGCCUUUCAUCAUUCAUUCUUUUCAAAUGGGCGUAAAAGCUUACUCUUCUCUUCCUCAUAGUAUCUCCCACUUUCUCAAUUUUGUCAUACACUUCUCUAUUACUUCUAAGCUUCCAAGUCCCAUUCUCAAACCUCGGCCCAAGUACUCUUCUAAUGAUUUUUCACUCCUUUUUUGCUAUAGCUUCCAUUUCCUUGUUAGUGUUCAUUGCUAAACAUUCAGAUGCAUACAGACACUCUGGCUUAAUCACAGUGUUGUAGUGCCUUAUUUUUGCAUUAAUUGAUACUGACUUCUUGUUGUACACAUUCUUUGUUAGCUGGAAUGCCAUUUCCAUUUUUCUUGUUCUUGUUUUAUUUACCUUUAUUGUUUCCAUUUUCCUACCAAUCUGUUCACUUUAUUGUCUGCAGUUGGUAUUUAAUUAUCGUACGCCAUGUUAUUUUGUGAAAUAACAACACUUCAUAUGAGAGCAGAUAGUUAACUUUCCAGUAAGUAUUCCAUAAGCUCUGAGGGGAAAAAUGAAAACUCAUUUGUCAACAGAAAAAGAUAUGCUGUUAGCUCACUGAUAAGCUGAGGUUGGCACAAUUAUAUUGUACUUUAAGUAGACAUACUUGAAGUUAAAUUUAUUAUUCUGACGAUAUCCACAAAUUGUGGUUAUUUAAUUGUGAUUAUUUCUUCUAAAAUAGAUGACAUUGUUGUGCUGCAUCCUACAUAAAGAUCUUCAACAAUUCUAAAAAAACUCAUAUUGCUGCUUGUCUAACAGAAUUUUUAAAUCAGUUUCACUGUUUAACAGUUAUUUAUUUAAAAAGUGAUCAUAUACUGAAUUGCAUGUUUAAAAUAAAAAAAAUUUCCCUAUUCUCUCAUACUGUACUGUAGCAAGUUACAGAGUGGUUUUCAGUAAUCAAGUAGAUCAGUUUAAGUUGUUUAAUAUAAGAAACAGUAUUGUACUGUAUUUUUAUUACUAAUGUGGAAGUAAAAUUAAUCCCUAAGUUACAAACAUUCUGGUGUAUUCGGAAUAAGACUUGUUGAAUGAUAAGACAGAAUCAUUUUGUACAAGAGGAAACCCAGUUUUCUUUGUAUGAUCUAAGCUUCCAUACGUGGAAAAAAGUGAUGGCAGGAUAAGAAAAAAGUACUUAUAAAUAAUUUACAUAUUUAUAUUAUGUUCAGUGUUUCAUAAACCACCAUAUGCUGGGUUAGUGCCAUUUUUCAGCAGCAGAGGAACAACAGCUAUUAGUACAUUCUGUUGUAGAUUCUGACAGUGGCAAGUACCUACAAAUAUAACUGUCCAUUAUCAGUAUCACUUCAAAAGAAAUGAACUUUUGUGAGUAGCAAAGAUGUAGAUGAUACCUUUUCACAUAUUUAUGAGUGCCAUCUUUUAAGUUUACAUACAGCAUUAUUAUGGGAAGGUACAUCUGCAACAUUAAAUGCAAUCUCUUUUUACUACCUUUCUUUGGAAAACACAACAGUAUGUCUGUAAAAGACUAAAGAGAAGUUGACUCUUUUAAGCAGAAGAACCAUCAGACAUAUUACAAUUUCAAUCAGUGAACAUUGACUAGAAUGUGUCAAGUUGAUCUGAGUUAGGGGGUGUAGUGGAUAAAGUACCAAAAUCACAUUUGAGAGGAGCAGAGUUAAAAUUCUCACCCAGAUGUAGGUUUUUCAUGAUUUUUCUAAAUCUGUUAAGUCAAAUGCUGAGUGUGUUCGUAUUAGGACAUGGCAGAUUUUCUUAUUGUCCAAGCUUGAGCCCCAGAUAAUGACCUAGUCAUCAGUGAGGCAUUAAUCCCUAUCUCCCUUCUUUCCUCUUUUUACCCUUACACAUUAAGAUUUUCGGUAAAUGCUAAAAUUGACAGGCAUAAUACAUGUCAUGUAGCAGAUCGAAGUUGUUUUUGAAGAAUUUGUUAUUGCAAAGUAUUUCAGAUCCAUUUAUAAUUUCUUUGAAAAUUUUCUGUUGUGAAUCCAGAAGAUGGGAUGCCAAAAAUUAAAGCAUCUGGAAGGUUCUUUUAGCUUGCUGUCUAUACAAUCACUGUAAGAAAUAGGUCUCUGAAUUUGCAAAUGCAAAACUUAUAAACCUUGGCCCUAUUAGGUCAAAUAUUGAACUGGUAAGAGCAGUGCAAACGAAACAGGUAUUAUCCACUACUAAAUGUAUAUAUACAAAGUACAAAACAGAACGGAAGAGUACUACAGUUUUGUUUUUUAAAAUAAUGUUUACUAAACUUUGUUUGUGGAAACGAUUGUAUGUUAGAUUAAUUUAUUUUUUGUAAGAUCACUUCACAUUCAUGAAGUCUAACUCCAUGGAGUUUUGUAAUGUAUGUUUGAAAAGUGAUUUAAUUCUACUGUUGUUUAAAUUGUGGGUAUUGAUUGUUCAGUCACAGAAGACUUUUUGCACAAUUCAUCAGAGAAAUUAAUUAAAAGGGAACCAGUUAAUAAUUUUAUGAUUACUUCACUCAUUUUUAUAUAAAUCAUUUUGGAAUUACGUUACUUGUAUUUAGUAAUUUUGAUCCAGUAGGAGAGGUUUGUAUUUCAAUUUUAAGAUUAUAGCUUACAAUGCCUUUCAUGUGUAAUCACUUUUGUGCACAAAUCCUUUCACAUCACUGUAACAGCUGGCAUUCAUAUUUGACGUGGUACUAAAUAUAUGUGAAUGAAGAACUGUACUUUGUUAUUUUCACAGUCUGCUAUUCAUACUUACUUCGUAAAGAGCUGUCAUAGUGUAGUUUCAUAUUAAUAAUCCUUACUCAUAGUACAAAAAAAAGGUUUAAAAUGUUAUGUAGGAAUUCCAAAUAACAUAAACCUAUGCCAGGAAUACAGUGGCACCUUCUGACAUUCAAAUUAGUGUAAACAUUUUUGUUGAUUAUACUUUAUGUGACUCUCUGUAACAAUGGAAAGUAUAGACAAUAAUGUUGUGCCAUUUUUUAUCUGUAUUCUGUUACAAGCUAUAAACAGUCUCUUUCCCUCUAAUCUUUUUUUAAAAAUUAGUACACAUUUUAUUAGGGAAAUAUAAGUAAUUGGGUAAAGCGGCUAACAUGGAAUAACUAAACAAUGAAAACUGUGGCAAACUUGAUAGUUACAGUAUGUCCACAAUGAGUAUUCAGUAAUUGUUCAACAUAUAUGUAUAUCUAUUACCAGUUAUAUUUCCUGAACAAAUUUUGUAAGUUGGGUUCAUUUAGACAAGUGCAAAGGAGCAUUUAUAUAUGUUCAGUUACAUAUAAAUAAUAAUAAUAGUAGUAAGUAGAUAUACUUCAUAUCAAUCUUCAGAAUGCAUUUUUAAGACAAUAUUAAUUUCAUUAUUGUAUAGAUGCCCCUUCCAUGACUCAGUCCACUUAAAUUACAAUGGCAGAUGCAGUAAUUUUUCCAUUGCUAGUGUUAUGUGACUUAACAUCAAGGUAAGACUAUUACAUGAUUCUGGCAGACCACACACACUGUCUAUAUUUGGGUGGAUUCUUCAUCAUAAUAGCAGAAUUCAGGCACUGAAAUUAAGCAAUAAUCAAGGAAUGUAGUGAAAAGGAGUAUGAUUAGUGUAAAAUCAGCACUCUCUGAUGUACCAGUAAAAAGAAAAUUAAGACUAUUUUUACUAUGGAAAGAACAUUCUUUCUUCAGACUCAUUUGUUCCUAUGAAAUUUUCUCAUUUAUUACUAAUCCAUGCAAAAUACGUGCUCUACUUUUGUAACAUCUCACAGUAAUUGUGGUGUCAUUGUAGCUAAUUUAUUAUGUAUACAUUUCAAAAGUGUGGUUAAUAGAGCCAUCACAUUUCUGUAAAUUGUACAUGCCUCAUGCUAGUUUUUGUAUAAACUUGUAAACACAUUCUA